AUGAAUUUGACAUUUGUUCUACAAUUACAGGCUGUCUGUGCCCUGGCUGGGUUCUACGUUGGAGAGCAGUAUAGUGUUCCAUGGGCAACAACUGAUGUCCCGGCUGAGCUACAGAUGCAAAUAUUUCCCUUCGUCGAGGAUGCCCUGGCCAAUCUCCGCCAGGCACCUGAUACCAACUAUGGCACCAUCAAUUUCCUCGAGUUGCUGCAGCUGCUUCGUGGCUACUUCUGGCAGGUCAUUGCUGCAAUCCACGAGUCAUUCCCAGACUCUGCCCCUCUGAAACGGCUGCAGGUCAUUCAGUCUAGUGAGGCCAAGAUGUUCCUUCAGCAAUGGCCAAGGGCCAGGGAAGCUCUCGAGGCCACCGCACAAUCUGACCUUGCUAUCAGCAGUUCAUUUGGAGAGGCUGCCACUCAAAGCGCCUUUGUGUCUCUCGCAAACUCUCAGCGCCAAUCGGAUACCACCAUAAACACUAUCCUCUCCCACUGCAACUGGCUUCUUUGA